CGGUCUUUAUACAGACUCACUGUAGCCUGUGUCAGUAGCAGGUUAGCCAUGUAGAGUCAGAUACUAGCUAAAUAGAUAGCCACCUUCGUGAUGCAGAUUUUACCAGGGGAGUAAAAUUCUCCACAAGAAAUUCUAUUUCAGCAACUGGAACACUGUAAACAUCUGAAUAAAAUUAGAAUAGAAGCUUUCAGGAUGGCUUCAUUUAGCUGGAAUAGAAAAAUCGGGGAAAAGGUUUCUAAGGCAGCAGUGCAACAGUUUGAGGCUCAAUCAACAAAGGUGGAAGAUCAUGUGGAAUUAGAAGGAGUUGAUUGGCUGCAUGCAAUCAAGCGCAGACGUGAGGUACUGCUGGAAGACUGUGCAGCCAAGAGCAAGGGACUAAAGGAUGAGGGAGCACAGUUGGCCGAGCAAAGCAGACACUGGGAAGCGGUGAGGAAAUGGGAUGAGGCCAUUCAGUUGACUCCAGAAGCAGCUGCCCUUUAUGAGAUGAAAUCACAGGUGCUAAUCAUACUUCAGGAGGACUUCCCUGCAGUGCAGGCAGCAGAGAUGGCAGUCAAACUUCAACCUCUGUGGUGGGAAGCAUGGCAGACUUUAGGACGUGCCCAACUAAACCUUGGUGAAGUAGAGCUUGCUGUACGUUCCUUCCAGGUGGCACUGCACCUACACCCAUUAGAGCGCCGCCUGUGGGAGGAAGACUUGAGAUGGGCGCUACAUCUACGGGAAGAGAAACAUGCUAUGAAGCAGAAAGCCGCACAGGAUGACCAGACCCGAAAACAUAUUGAUGAACCCCCAGAGCUGCAACAAGAUUAUGGGGACUUUGAGAGUGAUGAGGUCAUAGCUGCCUGCACAGCCAUAGCAGACCGCCAGAAGAGAUUUGAAGAGUUAAGGAGAAACAUCACUGUGGAUGUGCAAGAUGUUGCCAAUGAAAUAGGUGUCAGCAAUUCUAACAAAAAUGCUUCAAAUUAUAGUUUGGUUAAAGCAAGAAUAAUGUAAGAAGUGACAAAUUGUUUCAUUUAAUUUGACACAGUUAUCUGUUUACUUUUUAGAGAAAUGCGUAGAGGAUUAUUUUUAUCUUUGGAAAUAUAGUGUACAAACUGUAUUGGAUCUGUAGUCUCUAAUGUACUUCUCAUGGCUCAGUUAAGCAGAAAUGCCAUUUGUACCCCAUGUUUGGUUCACUUUCUGUAGCUGUAUCACUUGAGGGUUGAGUCACUCACCUUUUACAGUUACAGAUCUGAGUGGCUACUAGUACUUUAGUACUCUAGUGAACUUCAAAUAUUCAUGCAAUAUUUUGUACUGAAAUUGCAGUAUAGCAACAAUAGCAUACAAUAUGUAACUUACCAAAAAGCUAAUUGGCUAAUUAUUAUCUUCUCAAAAUUGCAAUUAGUAUGGUCAGUGUAAAAGAUUUAACCAACUACUGUGCCUCUAUAUUAACUGAUCUAAAUCCACUGCUAUAAGUUAAUUAAAAAAUAGAGAAAGGUACUUUAGUCUAUUCACAGUGUGCACUGCCAUGUUGACAAGGAGGUAUUUUCUGUUGAUUUUAUCAGUGGAAGGCCAGGUCAAAUACAAGUUUCAACUUCACCUUAAAUGCAGCAUUAUACUUGGAAAGGACUGUCAGUGAAUUUAUAAAGACAUAAUUAAAGGAAAGACAUGCCUGCCCCCUUCUCAAAUUAUGGUGACCAAUAAAGAGGCUCACUUCUUGUAGUCUGGUGUAAAGUUCGCAUUAUUAACAGCACAGUGCAGUAAUGCUGAUCAGUUACUUGUGAUUGAUAACACUAUAUAUCAUAGUCAAUCAGAAAACUUUUGUUCAAACGUGGAGAUUAAUAAACCGAACAUCCUCUAACUGUGUAUUCAGAUAUUUGGGAAAUGGGUGCAACACCGAGCAGGACACAGAGAGUCUGAACAGGUAACACGGUUGCGGCACAAUCAGCAAUGAAACGCCAGAAGCAGCAACAGAUGACUUUAAUGUCAUCAUGGGAAAAAAGAAAGAAAGGAGAUGCGAGUUGGUUGAUUCAGUAAAUUACCUCAGGUCAGGAUAAUCAUAUUUUCUGUCUACACCGGUUGAUGUUAGCCUAACAUUGACUGAGCUAACGUUAACAUACACUGUUGUUGCUAGGUAACUUCAGACUGUUAGCUAAAUAUUUAAUGCAGAUUAAAACAUUCUGAGUACCAUGAAAAUGAGUUGACUUUAAACCGCGCAUUUUCUCUCAGCAGUGUAUGACGAGCAGAUUCUGGAUACUAGUUUAAUGUUAGACUCAAAAUGAUCAUAACUCAGUCAUUUUCAUAUAAGAGGACAGAUGAGGUGGAUAGUUAGGAUACAUGGAGAGAUGGGAUUGAAUGGAGAACAUUGAAAAAAUGUUCUUUAUAUUAAAGUUAAUUUUUUUUAUGUUCAUGAGAUUGUGUAAGAAUCUUGCAUCCUGUGUACCAAAUAAGUAGUGUAUCUAUGGUGUUAUCAAUUUCCCCAUCCUUUUGGAUUACAGAAGUAAGGAUUACAGAUCAUUAUUCCUACUCUGCUAUAAUACAGUGCUGGAGGCAUAAAAAUGAUCUACUUUAGGUAUUUGUGCUGCACAGAAAAUUAGCACCAGGAAUGUAAAUAUUUUAAUUUGUGGUUGUUUAACAUUUUGAAGGGUGAUUGUUUAUGCAUGAGAGACAAUUAUUGAAGUAAUGAUCAACAUUUUCAUAUAAUUACAUAUUAAUGUUGCUGCUGUCUAUCUGCAAGUGAUAUUACACAAUAGUGAUGUAACAUACAGUUCAUAAAAGCUAUAGUGGUUAGUUUGAAAUAAAAGGUUUUUUUAACAGUAGA